AUGUCAGACCACAUUCCUGACCAUCUGCUUGUUAAUGUGCUUCUCUGGCUACCAUUUGAUUCCUUGAUUCGAUUCAGAAUUGGUGACGGUUCUGGCUCCUUCGAGGCGGUUGCCACCGGAGAACUCAAGAAGCCCCCUUCAAAGUUCCGCAGAUACAGGCUUAUGUUUGUGAGUUCUUGUAAUGGUAUCAUUUGUCAGCAGAAUCAGAAAAAAGGUUAUGUCUCCUUGUGGAAUCCAUGGAUUCAAGAGUACUCCGAAAUGCCUUCUCCACCAUUUGAACAUUUCAAAGGUGUUGCAUCUGGGUAUGAACACAGCAAUCAGGACUUCAAAGAGAGGAGUUCCGGCAAAAUUUCUUGUGGCCAAUUUCCCACCAAACCAUAUUGGAGGAAUGUCUUUCUUGAGAGAAAGUUGGUUGUUUUGAAUGGCCGCCUUUCUUUGUUCCGCUGUUUCAACACCCUAAGAGGGCCACCUGGACUAGUUGGAGACAUACAUUUGAUGGAGGAUUAUGAUGGAUCAGCAAUUGAUGAACAGAGUUGUGCUUGGACUAAGUUAACAGCCAUUGAGUUCCCGUCGAAUUUUAGAGGUGAUUACAGAGCUAAUUACACAUUCACGCCGGUUGCCUUCUCAAAGAAAAUGGGGAAAAUCCUGUUGCAGAUUGAUUAUGUAAAGCUGGUAGUUUAUGAUGUUGAAGAUAAAUCAUUCAGAGAUAGGUGGUGA